AUCACAAUGUGUGUCCUGACAGCGUGUUGGCAUUUCCAGUUCAUUUCCAAUCUUGUGUGUGUGUGUGUGUGUGUGUGUGUGUGUGUGUGUGUGUGUGUGUGUGUGUGUGUGUGUGUGUGCGUGUGCGUGUGUGUGUCCAUUCUGCACACGCUUGGUCAGGCACACUUUUUUGGGGGAAUUGAGCCUCCUUCUGUCCAGACACACGUCACGUCACGCACACGGCGUUGACAUUGACUUCACAUCAGAGACAGUUUAACUUCUUUAACUCUUUUUUUCUCUUCUUCUUCUUCUUUUCUUUUGUUUGAGUCGUUUCAAGCGAGCGCCAUCUCCAUUGUAGGGACCCUCUGACAGAUGCGAGGGCCCCCUUAGCAGGUCCGGGACAGGGAAAAGUCUGAAAGGUUAAUCCGUUGCCCACCCACCGGCCGCUCUCCUACACACCCGCAGAUGUUGGCUUUCGGAGUCUUGAAGCGUCACCUUUGACAUGUCCCCCCAUUCAGUGGCGAGGGGGGGUCCAGCAGGGUACUGACCACUGCAAGCUGUCACCUCGCCUGCCGCCGUUUUAGUCUAAACGGCCCUUGAUCUCAUGUUAACAGGGUUCCUCCAUUAUAGGAGACGUAUUAUCAAAAAUAGACUUUUUAAUGGCUUUUAUGCAAAUAGUUGAGUUUUGGAAGUGCCUGGGCACCCAUGAAUUAAGCUACCAAGUAAAUCUUUGCUGUGUACUCUACUGUAGCGAUUCCACAUCAUACUGCCGUCACGCCAAGUUUUUUCAAGUGAAGAGCCGACGUUUUCAAAGAUGACACCUACUGCACUGUAAUACCAACUGGUAUACCGAUAGGCAGCCCACAUUUUCAAUGUUCUGCUUGCGGGUAAGAGAUAAUUGGUUUUGAUAAUGUCAUGCACUGCUGCACUAAUUAGAGUUGUGUCAUUACUGCUACCAGGUAUCGCUAACGGUGCCGAUACCAGACGCAUUUUAAGGUAUCAUAUUCAUGCAGGUUGCUGAUACAAACCACCGAUCCUUCAAUGCAAUGCAAGGCAGCUUCGAACCUGUCACACAUGGCUACUUCAGGCAAACCAAAUCUGACAUCGAGUAAGUCCUCCUUAGCAGUAGUUGGCGCUAUACUGUGGUAGUUUGACACAUUGGUGUAUCACAAGCUGUUUCAGAAAGAAAGGUCUUUAUCAACAAUUUUUUGUCAUUGUCAUCUCUUCAGCUGUGCUCUUUGUAAAGGCUUUUAGGUGUUGUUUCUUUGGGUUUGUGGAGCGCAUUGGGUUGCCUUUUGUCUGAAAUGUGCUAAAUAAAUUUGAAUGUGCAUCAUAUAUCUCCGCCGUUUUUUAUUUGGGUGUUUUUCGCAUUUCGCCUUUAAAUGUCGUAGCUUUGCAUAAUUGCCUAUUUUGCAGGUUGAGGGAUGGACAUCUCCUGCUCUGGAGGGAGUCUAAAAGUCUACGGACGUUUCUGAUAAUGCCACAAAAAAUUGCUAGUUGUUUUUUUUUAUCAAAUAGUCAUCACAGGGGUUUGAAAAGUCACUAAAGAUACAGUAUAUUUCUGUAAAACAGAAACAAUAUUUUUUUUUCCAUUCAAACAAAUUGAAGAAUGCACGCAGAAUGGGGGACACGUUCAUAUUCUACAUGUAUUUGUUUAUUUGCUUUGUUACUGAGUGCAAAUAUGUUGUGUUGAAUUACCAUCUGAUGAUAUGGAUAUAAUGUAAGGGGACUUUAUGCCAGAAUAAAUUGUCUUGUCUGUCAAUUUAGAUGCCGCUCUAAAUCUAUUAAGGUUCAAUGAUCUUUAACUUUUUACACAACCCUGUGUUCUUCUAUGUGGUCAAGUUUUGAGAAAGCCACAUAUAAGAAUUUUACAGUUACAUUUCUUGGUGAAAUUUUCCCAAAAAGCAGAUCACACUCCUAUUUGAUUACGGCACUGUUAUAUCCGCAUUCAUUAGAAAGACUGAGGUCGACUUUUUGUAUCGUUCUUGGGGUUACAUAGACAUGAGAUUUGAUUUUUUUUUUUUAACUGACUGUGGAUUUUGUAUGAACGUGACUUUGAAAUAAACAAUUACACUGAAAUUAACAUGCAAAAAAAACAAUACAAUUUAGGUCUUGACAGGCUACUAUUAUACCUUUAUUUAUUAUUCGAACAUCCACUUUAUAAGAAACAAGGGGUGUAAUCUGGCCCUAUUUUCAAAAAUUAGGUGGUCCUCUGCUAGAUUGACAUUUAAGUAUAAUUAAAUGUAUUUCUUUAACUUUUAGGGUUCAAUGUGACUUAUCCAAACACGUGCGCACAGUGCUAGGCUUGGGUCGUUAAGCCCUGUAAUUGAACAAUAGACACAUCUGCUCAUGGUGGUCUAUCAAAGACGAAGGUACCGCAGUCUCCCUUCGUUUGGUUUAAACCGCCACAUUCUUUGCAAACAGGCGUUGGGAGCGGGGUGGGGGUCGUUCAGGAGGGGGGGGGGGGGCUGCCGCCCUAAUGAACAAGUCCCUGUGAACUUGAGAGGUGACCAUGAAUUAAAUCAAUGACGAGUUCAAAUUUUUGUGUAAGGGCGAGGGGAGCCGCAAAUGAACCCGGAAGUGGAGUGCACUUUGCGUAAUUUAAAGUGGCUCAAUGACGAAGUCCGGUUAUAAGAGCGAUUAUUUAUUCCCUGCCCCAAAUCAGAGAGGGCAAAAUAUCGAUAAAGGGAUUCUUUUUCAAUCAUGUUAUUAUUUUCAUGCAUCCUGCACCCUUCAUGUAUAAGAAAGUGAAGCUAUUUUAAAACGUUAAUGCCACCUUUCUUCCUCAAAUGAGGCGUGUGACGUCAUGCAAAGGGGCGUGACUCAGAGAGAGAGUGGAAGAGCGAGAGAGAGAAACUUGGUGUGCGCAUGUGCAGACGCUGCGGUGGUGGACCCACACAAACAGAGAGAGAGAGAGAUAUGGCGCGGCACCCGACCGGAGCGCAAGGACAGCUGGCUGGUGGUGGGGGGGCUUGAUUUACAAAGGAAAGAAAUAAUACAAGGCAUUUAAAAGAUACAUAUUUAUCAAUGAAGAAAGCGUGGAUUUAGAAGACGGAACCGAAGUAGUAAGAUUUUUUUUCAUUAUAAGAAAAAGAAAAAAGAACAAAAGAAUUGAACUACUACGACUUUCAGGGGCGGGGGGCGCCAGCUAAGCAGGUCACAUAGAUGGUUGGUUCACAGAGCCGCCCGGACCAUGAAUGCUCAGCUCUCGAUGGAAAAUAUAGGCGACCUGCACGGCCAUGACUCCGUAAGCAGCCACGGGGAGCUGCUGAGCGGCCACAGUCCGCACUCGCGUCCGAGCCCGAGGGGGCUGAGCCACCGCGCCAUGGGCAUGGCAACCCUCCUGGACGGCGGAGACUAUCACCACCAUCACCCUGGACACCUACACCCGGCCAUCAGCAUGUGCGAAGCUCCCGGCAUGAGCGCGAGCAGCACCUACACCACCUUGACCCCCCUGCAGCCUUUGCCCCCCAUCUCCACCGUAUCCGACAAGUUUCCCCCGCACCAUCAUCACCACCACCACCCCUCACACCCGCAUCCCCAUCACCCGCAUCCGCACCAGAGGCUCCCGGGCAACGUCAGCGGCAGCUUCACGCUCAUGCGAGAGGACCGUAGUCUGGCUCCCAUGAACACUCUCUACCCCGCCUACCACCACAAGGACCCCUGUAUGGGCCAGAGUCUGUCCCCGCUGUCCGGCUCCGGUCUCGCGGGUAUCCACACGAGCCAAGCCGGCCUACCACCUUACGCCCACCCUGGCGCCGCCAUGCCCGGGGAGAAGAUGCUGACUCCCAGCGGCUUCGAGGCGCACCACCCGGCCAUGCUCGGCCGCCACACAGAGCAGCACAUAAGCUCCGCGGCGGGGAUGGUGCAGUUGAACGGCCUGCAUCACCAUCCGCACGCCCACCUCGGAGCGCAGGGCCACGGCCAGGGGCUAAGCGGCGGCCGGGAGCAGGCCUCCGCGCUCGGACAGCAAGGAGCCAUCAACGGCGGUGGAGGAGGCGGAGGAGGAGGGCAGAUGGAGGAAGUGAAUACCAAAGAGGUGGCGCAGAGGAUCACCACGGAGCUCAAGCGCUACAGCAUCCCCCAAGCCAUCUUCGCCCAGCGCGUCCUGUGCCGCUCCCAGGGGACCCUGUCCGACCUGCUGAGGAACCCCAAACCCUGGUCCAAGCUUAAGUCCGGCAGAGAGACCUUCCGCCGCAUGUGGAAGUGGCUGCAGGAGCCUGAGUUCCAGCGCAUGAGUGCGCUCAGGCUCGCAGGUGAGCGAAGCCUCGCGUGCAAGCGCAAGGAACAGGACCAUGGCCGCAGCGAACGGGGCAACCCGGCGGCCAAGAAGCCCCGCCUGGUGUUCACGGAUGUGCAACGGCGGACCCUCCACGCCAUCUUCAAGGAGAACAAGCGUCCAUCCAAAGAGCUGCAGCUGACCAUCGCUCAGCAACUGGGCCUGGAACUCGCCACGGUCAGCAACUUCUUCAUGAACGCUCGCCGCCGCAGCCUGGACAAGUGGGUCGACGACGGCUCCGGCCACCCGCCCGGCGUCGGCCUCAGCGCCUGCACCAAAGCCUGAAGAAGGACCGGGAGUGCGCUUUUGACCCUUACUCAUGGACUCGACUCGGUGGAAAAGCUUUAAAACUUAAGAGAACCUUACAAAAGACCUCACAUUUUUGCCCUUAAAUCUGUACUACAUUCAUAUUUAUAGUAUCCAAAGAUGAGAGAAAAAACAAACAAACCAAAGACUUCUUCUUUCUUGUUUGACCUGCUUUGACUUGUUUGUGUUACACACUGCAAAAAGACUACCGCCCCCCCCCACCCCCUUUUCUUGUACUCACCACGCUUACUGGUCUCUAGCUUUACGACAACCCCUGCGUCCCCUUCCCACUGUCGCUACCUGACUCCCAAAAUGGAUGUUCUAAUCAGUCUGAUCUGCGGAGCUCCAAGUGGGAUUUGGCCAAUCAAUGUUCAGCAAAUUUAAAUCCCACGAGAGCGACUGCUUUUUUUUAUUUCUAUUUCAUCCCCGCCGACCGCCGGAGGUGGCGCCGAACAGCACGGACCGACGUCUUUUCCCAGAUCCAUGGAUAGUAAACAGGAGGAAACCAAUCCCAUCGCGUAGCCCCAAAUUCCCACCCCGGAUCACGAUGUAGUGCUUUCCUUCCGGCGUGCUGAAACGUCGUUUUUAAACCAGAGAAACCAAAGCCUCACUCAUGUAGCCUCCACAAAAAAAUGCGAGAGCGGUGCUAUUGACCAAAGAUAUUUUGUAUUUCUUUUUUUUUUUUUUUAACCCAGCCACUGCUGCUACAUUCCCAGUCAUACAUCCUCCCAUGUUCUUCUUUAUUCUGUUCAGGGUUACGGCAGGAGCAUAUCCCAGUUGAUUUAGGGCAGUUGCUAUGUGAACCGCUACUCUACCCAUGAAGCAAUAUUGGUAAGUCAUCCAUCCAUCUGUUUUGUUGAACUUUUACCAUAUUCGGGGUGACAGUAGGCGCAUAUCUCAGUUGAUUUAAAGCUAUUCUAAGCUAUGUGAACCACUACACUAGCCAUCAUGCAACAUUCCUAACCAGUCAUCCAUCUGAUUUUUUGGUUCUUUUUUCUAUUGCUGCAGUAACAACGGUGCGACAUCGUCCAUCAAUUUGGGGUGGGGGGUUAUUUAGGGGUCAUGUCAGGUGCUGGAGUUAAGACACCAUGGAAACCACUACACUACUAAUAACACAACACUCUUGAUUUUUUUUUGAGAGCAGGAUUUUUUUUCUGUAGUGUUUAUCCUGUUUAGGGUCUUAUCGGGUAUUAUAAUGAUACUAAAGUCCACCGUGUGAACCACUACAUUAUUCAUGUUGGUAUAUUCUUAGUCCAUCCAUCCUUUUUUUUUUUGAAUUUAUUGUGUUUGGAGUCACAUUAUUUGUGCAACAUUCCUAAUUUUCCAUCUUUUUUUUUCUAUUGGGAGUUUAUUCUGUUCAGGAUCAGGGCAAGAACUGGAGCCUAUUGCAGCUCACAUUUAACCAAAGAAAAA